AUUUCACCAAAAAAUGGCACUGAAGUGUUUUUCUCACAUCAGAUUUAUGAAAAAUACUCAUUGGCUCCAAGCCUCUCUGAAUUAUGGCAUUUAUCAAACAGAGAGGCGAAGAAAAAUGUGGAGGCAUUGGCAAACUCUUCAGAGAACAGGCAGACUUGUAGCACGCAAGCUGCAGAUCCACUUGAGGCAGAGGCUAAAACCACAGCCAACGAUCAUCCUUUUCCAGAACCUAGGCUCCCCUAUCCAUUUACCUCUUGUUUGACUCAGAAGGAGCAGAAAACAUACCUAUAUCUGAUGACCAAGUACUCAAAAAACCCAAACCAUUUUCAGGUUAAUGCAGCAAGUCAGAGAGAAUUACUCACGUAUCUGCAAAUGAAAGAAGUAGUAAGCAGUGAAAUUGCAGAAUUUAUGAAAUUUGCCCAAAACGCUGCAAAAAGCUGCGCUCAAGAUUAUGAUACCAUCUCUGAAGAUGCACUACGUUAUACUGAGGAAUUAAUGCGUGCUUGUAUUGGACACGUGCAAAUGCAUCCUGAGUUUUACACGCUCCAGGAGAUCAUGAGUAUCAUGGGAGGAAAGUUUCAUACUCAGUUGACAUUUAGGCUGGAAAAAAAUCUUCUUGUGAUGGGAACGGCAAGACGUGGUAAAACAGAUUUCCCUGCCAUGCCUGUUCAACUGCCCACAGAUUAUAAAACUGUUACAGCCAUUAUAACUCCAGAAAAGAAGGCUUCUAUUAUGCACAAUGAUAUUAGUUCAGAUUCAAACGCAGAAAAACUUGCUUUGAAAUACUGUCCUCAAGUUGUUUUAAGUAAUCAGUCGUUAUUUACUUUACUCAAUAAUCAUGGACUAAACUACAAGGAACAAUGGGAAAUUCCAGUUUGCAUUAAAAGGAUCCCUGUUGCAGGUAGCAAACCAGCUAAAGUGGUUUAUGUUGAUUCACCUCUACUGAGAAAAGAAAUGACAGUAAGAGAGAGGAACCAAAUCUUCCAUGAAAUUCCUAUGGACUUUCUAGCAACUAAAAAAUCUUAUGUUUCAAUUUCUGAUAUAUCGAUGGACAAACCAGCUGAGGACAGUCUGUUCCAGUGGGACAUGUCUUCUGAUACCUACCAGUACAGGAAGAUUCCUCUUCCAGAUGACACAGGGAUGGACUUUGAUGGUGAUGUUACAGAACUGGAAACUUUCGGAGCAACAGUUAAGCUCUCAAGAACUUCUAAAAUGGAAAGUAGUUUUCCUACAGUUAGUAACACUGCGAAAGUUUCUGAGCAAGGAGUUUCAGCAUGUGCCAGCACACAGCUCCCAUCAUUAGAUGGCAUUCUAUGCUUGGGCCCUGAAGAAAAUUCAUCUCGUCAAAGGUUUAAUUCAGAGGAGGUAGGACUGAACAAAGCACAGCAUGUUACGACCAAACAUGUAUUGGACAAUGAAACAAAACUGAAUACUCUAGCUGAUGCUGUUAGUUACAAGAAAGAGUCUGAUGCUGCACAAAAAAACGAGACUUACACUUCCUUGUGCAGUAGUGACACAGAUGAAGAGUGUCUGAUAAUUGAUACAGAACGUGGAAACACUGAUUGUUGCAGAACAACUUUACCAGACACUGUUUCUCAUACCUCAGCAGAGGCUGCCAAAUCACCCUCCCCCACCCAGGUUCCAUUAGGAAACAUGACUGAUUGCUCAGAUACCACAGAUCAGGGAAAAAGUGCCUCCAGAAAGGCUACAAGAAAGUUCUCCAAAGAAUUUGAUCCUGUUGGACAGAUCUUGAAAAUGCAAACUGAACUUCUCAAGUCGCCUUCCAAAAAAGCUCAUGAACAACCAGUGGUGAGCUGUGAUAAUUCUAAUGCUGCGCCAGCCCAUAUGCCUCAAUCUCCAAAACCACUGGUGACCUCCAGCACAGAAACUGUACCAGCCCCUGCCUCAAACCCCAGCAGCUCAUCUAGAAGUACCUGGACUUGGCUUUUUCAGGGACUGCCAAAGAGAAAGCUGCCAAAUGAACUUCAGAUGCUUGAAGAAGACCCUUCAGAGUAUACAGCACCUCAGGAUGGCAACCUUGUGUACAAGCUGUUCAGUUUGAAUGAUCUGUUGUUACUUGUACGUUGCAAUGUGCAAAAGGUGAAGUCGUUGCCACGAAACCAUAAGAAGAAGAAAGGCCAAAAGCAUACACCAAUAUUCCUGUUGCCAAAACUAGAAUAUCAAGCCUAUUACGGUGUUGAAGCUCUUACAGAAAGUGAAGUAUGUCAGUUGUGGACAGAAAGUAUGUUGCAUUCUGAAUGCUUGUUUUAUAUUGGACGUAUUGAUGCUUUUACAUCAAAGCUUAUUAUGCUGGAAAAGAUUUCUCCAGAAACUUUAAGAGAAAAAGUUGAGUUGAUAAAGCCUGCAAAUUCAUUGAAUAUACUUCAUCAUAUUUUGAAGAAAGUGUCUGAUUUGCAGGAGGGCUCUUACUUAUUGACUCAUGCUGCAGGAGAUUCAUCAGUUGCAAUUUACAAGAGCUCAGUUGACAAGACAACGAGAGCAUCAUAUAACUUACAUAAAGCUCACUGUGAUCUGCCUGCCAUACCUGCCACUCUUUCAGUCCCAUGGGUGCCACUAGAUCCCAGCCUCCCUUUACCCUAUCACAUCAGUCAUGGAAGAGUUCCAUGCACGUUUCCACCUGCGCCCCAGGAAGCCACGUGGAAACAGAAGACGACUGGGGCAAAAGCACAGUCUGACACACCCUAUGAGGGAAAGCCAGUAGCUAUGGAAACAAAAGGCAAUCCUGCUAAGCCUGCUAGAAAUGAAGGUGUGGCUACAAAGAAGCUGAGGAGAAAUUACUGCAAACAAAGAACGAUGAAGAAAAAAUGGAAAAUGAAGAACAACAAAAUGCAACUGACAUAG